CUUCCCUCGACGACGACCUCUUCGCUUUUGCUCAACUCUCUGCACCGCAGCAAGUCCCAGAGACCGCCAGCGCCAGCGCCCUUGACAACCCAUCUUCGAACCCGUAUUACCACUUGCAUCAAUACAUAAUGGCGGAAAUCCGUCGUAAGCUCGUCAUCGUCGGGGACGGUGCCUGCGGAAAGACUUGUCUCCUCAUCGUCUUUUCCAAGGGUACCUUCCCUGAGGUCUAUGUCCCAACUGUUUUUGAGAAUUAUGUCGCCGACGUCGAGGUGGACGGCAAGCACGUUGAAUUAGCCUUGUGGGAUACCGCUGGCCAGGAGGAUUACGACCGUCUCCGGCCUCUAUCGUACCCAGACUCACAUGUGAUCCUUAUCUGCUUCGCUGUUGACUCCCCGGAUUCUCUCGACAACGUCCAAGAGAAGUGGAUCUCUGAAGUCCUUCACUUCUGCCAAGGACUGCCCAUCAUCCUUGUUGGAUGUAAGAAGGAUUUGCGAUACGACCAAAAGACCAUUGAGGAGCUUCACAAGACUUCGCAAAAGCCCGUCACUCCCGAACAGGCAGAGGAUGUCCGCAAGAAAAUCACCGCCCAGAAAUAUCUCGAGUGUUCAGCAAAGACCAACGAAGGUGUCAGGGAAGUGUUUGAACACGCCACUCGGGCUGCACUUCUCACCAGGAAGAAGAAGGAGAAGAAGUGCCUGAUUUUGUAAGCAUGUCAUGGGCUUCAUAUCCUGCGACUGCUACGCCUCUUGGAAUCCGGCAUGUACCAAUCUAGAUGACUCGUUUCGUGGCUGUCGACAAGCUCUGCCAGCAAACCGGCUGA